AUGGUGGCGGCUGCAUACGCUAAAGACCUAUUAAGCUUGGUUCACCCGAAAAACAUCGAGGCUGAGAAGAUAAUUGGUGAUGUACUAUCUGCUCUUCAAGAAGUUGCAGAGGACCAUAGAAGAGGUGCACAGAGACAGCUUGAAAUACAAGAGAACGCAGUGAAGCAGAAGUUGUCCGACAAGGAAGAAGAGUGUCUUCAGUCAUUCCGUCUCACCUCCGCCACCAAAGAUACCACAUACGAGUGGUAUAAGGAUCGCGUAGAAACUCGAGUGGAGGGUACAUGUGAAUGGUUCCUAAGCCAUGAUAAUUUCCAGAAGUGGUCGCAAGGAGAAUCUGGUCUAUUACUGGUCUCGGCAGACCCAGGGUGUGGAAAAUCCGUCCUGGCAAAAUAUCUUAUCGACAAUAGACUGCCAUGCUCCGCAACUCUCUGCUACUUCUUCUUCCAAGAUCAGGACCAGAACACAGUUCACCAAGCGCUUUGUGCUAUAUUUCACCAGCUAUUCUCCCAGAGGCCGAACCUAAUCAAACAUGCUAUGGAGAAAUACAGAAAAAACGGACGAGGAAUGACCGAAUCGACAAAUUCGCUCUGGGCAAUCCUUGAAGAUGCCGUUCAAGACCCCCAGGCCGGUCCUGUGAUCAUUGUCCUGGAUACCCUGGAUGAAUGUGCCGAGUCGGAGUUUGAGGACCUAAUCCAGGGUGUAGAGAGACACGUCCGCAACAACCACUCAGAUCAGAGCAAGUUGAAGUAUUUAUUAACAUCUCGCCCGUACGAACAGAUCGAGUGCAAUUUUGUGGGGCUGCUGGAAUCGUUUCCCUUUGUCCGUAUACCGGGGAAGGGAGAGUCAGAAAGUAUCAGUCGAGAAGUCAGCCAUUUCAUCCAAAAUCGAAUCGAGCAGCUAGCGAAAGAAAAACGGCUUUCAGACCCGGUCAAAAGUCAUCUAGCAAGGAGACUGCUCGAAGUUCCGCACCGUACCUACCUCUGGGUGUAUCUUGUGUUCGAUCACUUGUCAAAGGAACACUUCAAAAAGACAGCUCAUGGGGUCGAUUCAACGAUUCAACACCUACCAACAGAUGUCUAUGAGACAUAUGAGCGGAUUCUUGGAAAGUCCAAGAAAAACCCAGAGGUUCGGAGGGCUUGA